AUGGUUGUAAAGGCCCUCACCACUCUGCCAGCAUUCAGACAGGCCAUCAACGGAAGCAGACCGGCUUUGGUCGAUUUCUGGGCUACCUGGUGUGGACCAUGCAGAGCCAUAUCCCCAGUUUUCGAGAAAUUCUCCACGACGACUAGCAAGGUAGACUUCUACAAAGUGGACGUUGAUGAGUGCCCGGAUAUAGCACAAGAAGUUGGCAUUCGAGCGAUGCCGACUUUCAUGGCGUUCAAGAAAGGUUCAAAUAUAGGGACCGUCGUAGGGGCUGACCCGACUGCAUUGAAAACCCUAAUAGAACGCUCGAGUUCCCAGUCGGAAUAA